AUGUAUGCUUGCUGCUCUACGGUGAUUCAGGAGCAGGAUCUCAACAGAAAAAUGCGUAUCUGGAUGGUGCAAACCAUCACUUUUGCUUUAACAUCUCUUGUCCUGGCCUGGGCGGAGAGCAUCGAAUAUUAUGGCGAGAUCUGUGACAAUAAAUGUCCUUGCGAGGAGAAAGACGGCCUCUUAACGGUGAGCUGUGAGAACCGGGGCAUCAUUAGCCUCUCUGAGAUUAGUCCUCCCAGAUUCUCCAUCUAUCAUCUCCUGCUGUCUGGGAAUCUUCUCAAUCGGCUCUACCCCAAUCAAUUUGUUAACUACAGUGGGGCUUCUAUUUUGCACUUGGGGGGCAACGAUAUCCAAGACAUUGAAACGGGAGCCUUUCAUGGUCUGAGGGGCUUAAGGAGGCUGCACCUGAACAACAACAAACUGGAGAUACUGAGAGAUGACACUUUUGUAGGCCUGGAGAGCUUGGAGUAUCUUCAAGUUGAUUACAAUUACAUCAGUGUCAUCGAGCCCAGCUCCUUCAGCAAGCUCCACCUGCUGCAGGUGCUGAUCCUGAAUGACAAUCUCCUCUCGUCAUUGCCCAACAACCUGUUCCGCUUUGUGCCCUUGACUCAUCUUGACCUAAGGGGCAACCGACUGAAACUUCUGCCAUACCUGGGCCUUCUGCAGCACAUGGAUAAGGUGGUGGAGUUGCAGCUGGAGGAGAACCCAUGGAAUUGCUCCUGUGAACUAAUCUCCCUGAAGGAUUGGCUGGACAGCAUAUCCUACUCAGCCUUGGUGGGGGAUGUAGUGUGUGAAACUCCUUUCCGGUUACACGGGAGAGAUUUGGAUGAGGUUUCCAAGCAGGAGCUUUGCCCUCGGAGACUCAUCUCAGAUUAUGAGAUGAGACCGCAAACUCCACUAAGUACUACAGGGUAUUUUCAUACCACUCCAGCCUCUGUAAACUCUGUGGCUACUUCCUCUUCAGCUGUUUACAAAACACCUUUGAAACCCAAAGGGACACGCCAGCCUAACAAGUCUAGGGUGCGUCCCACCUCUCGAUUGCCCUCCAAGGCUGGAUACAGCAAUUACGGCCCUAGCAUUGCUUACCAGAAAUCCCCGGUGCCUUUGGAGUGUCCUACAGCUUGCACUUGCAACCUACAGAUAUCUGACUUGGGCCUCAAUGUCAACUGCCAAGAAAGGAAGAUCGAGAGCAUCUCAGAACUCCAACCCAAACCGUAACCCAAGAAGAUGUACCUGACUGAGAACUACAUUGCCCUGGUGCGCAGGUCAGAUUUCCUGGAUGCUACAGGGUUAGAUUUGCUCCAUCUGGGCAAUAACCGUAUCUCGGUCAUUCAGGACCGCCUUGGGGAUUUAACUAAUUUGCGGAGGCUUUAUCUGAAUGGGAAUCGGAUUGAAAAAUUGAAUUCAGAGCUUUUUUAUGGGCUUCAGAGCUGCAGUAACCUUUUCCUGCAAUAUAAUGUCAUCCGGGAGAUUGAGACAGGCACGUUUGAUCCUGUGCCCAAUUUACAGCUCUUGUUUCUCAACAACAAUGCUGAGAUCUUUACCUGUGGGCAUUUUUCUGGCUUAACUCUCUAUAGAUUGAAUCUGCGGAGCAAUCACUUCUCCUACCUUCCUGUAAGUGGGGUGCUUGAUCAACUAAAAUCCUUGCUGCAGAUAGAUCUUCAUGAGAAUCCAUGGGAUUGUACAUGUGAUGUGGUGGGCAUGAAGUUAUGGCUUGAACAACUCAACACGGGAGUCCUUGUGGACCAGGUAAUCUGUGAAUCCCCUAAGAAAUUUGCUGAGAAUUAUAUGAGGAACAUCAAACCAGAGCUGCUCUGUCCAGACUAUUCUGACAUCAUUGUUUCCACACCCACACCAUCAUCCAUGCAGGGACCAGCAAGGACCACCUCUUUCUCCAAUUCGGGGCAGUUCAAUAGCACCAUGGAAGAGGACAGUUCAGCAUCACCUUCUGGUGGCUCUUCUUCCUCCUCUUCCUCUUCUUCCACGGUGCCUUUAUCGGUGCUGAUUCUCAGCUUACUGCUAGUCUUCAUCAUGUCUGUGUUUGUGGCUGCAGGUCUUUUUGUGCUGGUUAUGAAACGUAGGAAGAAGGUUCAAGGUGACCAUGCCAGCACCAACAACUCAGAUGUGAGCUCCUUCAACAUGCAGUAUAGCGUAUACACAGGAGGGGGAACUCCCCAUUCUCACCUCCACACCCAUCACCAGCAACAUCCACAGCAUCUUCACCGUGGAGGAGGAGGAGGCGGCGGCGGUCCAGCUUUGCCUAAGGUGAAAACCCCAGCUGGACAUGUCUAUGAGUACAUCCCUCAUCCUUGGCACAUGUGCAAGAACCCCAUCUACCGCUCCAGGGAGGGCAAUGCGGGUGAGGAUUACAAAGAUCUCCAUGAGCUCAAGGUGACCUACAGUAAUCAUCAUCUCCAGCCCCAACCCCUUCCUCCCUCACAAGUUUUGGGGCCACCUCCUGCAGCUCCAGGGGGACAAGAGGAAUCCCUCCGGAACCCCACAUACAGUGUCAGCACCAUUGAGCCUCGGGACGAGUUGCUUUCCCCUGUUCAGGAUGCUGAUCAUUUUUAUAGGGGCAUUUUGGAGCCUGACAAACACCCUUCUUCCACCUUGGGGGGCAGUAACCUCCCUGAGUACCCUAAGUUCCCUCCAACUGCCUACACCUAUUCCCCUAACUAUGACAUUAGGCGCCCGCCUCACCCCUACUUGCAUUCCGGCUCGGGGGACAGUAGGCUCCGGGAAACAGUGCUCUACACUCCCCCAAGCACUGUUUACGUAGAGCCCAACAGGAACGAAUACCUGGAGCUAAAAGCAAAGCUAAAUGCAGAGCCGGACUACCUCGAAGUAUUGGAAAAACAGACCACUUUCAGUCAGUUUUGA